CACCGCGCACCGGCUACAAAAAUAUUUCCAUUUAUUCUGCCGAACGGGGGUUAUGGAGCCAGCCACAAAAAAAUCAAAGAUGGUUAAUAAUAAAUUUAAACAUAACAAGAAGAAGUAUUUCCAGCAAAGCAAGAAACAGUUUCUGCAGGCUGGCCAACGCGGAUUCCUUGUCACUUGCAACAUGAAUGAAAAGGCAUGUGUGCGCGAAUGUUACAAUCUGUUGAACCACUAUGCCGACGAGCUGUACGGCCCGGAGGCAGCCAGCAAACAGGAUACAGAUGCUGACGCUGUCAAGGAUGGCGGCGGCGACGCCGAUAGCGAUGACGUGGAUGCGGCUGUUGCCAAAUGCCGCGAGAUUUUCGAAAAACGCAAAUUACGCUUCCAAAACGUUGACACAGGCACCACCAACUGUAUAUUUAUACGCACCCAACUGGAGGAUCCACUUGCACUUGGCAAGCAUAUUGUUGAGGACAUUACUACGACGGGCAAGGCUAUGUCACGCUUUGUGCUACGCAUGGUGCCCAUCGAGGCUGUGUGCCGUUCUAAUAUGCCGGACAUAAUCAACACAGCCGGAGCGCUGUUUGACAAACACUUCCUCAAGGAGCCCACCACAUAUGGCAUCAUAUUCAAUCAUCGCUUCAAUAACCAAAUCAAACGUGACCCCAUAAUCAAAGAACUGGCCGAAAUGGUCAAUUCCAAGAAUAUAGGUAACAAGGUAGAUCUGCAGAACGCCAAGAAGUCUAUCGUUGUCGAGGUACUGAGAGGCUUUUGCCUGCUCAGUGUCAUUGACAACUACUUGGAAUUCAAGAGGUACAAUUUAUCAGAGCUGGCAAAUGCCAAUGGACAGAAGACAAAUGCCGAAGGCGAAGCAAAGUCCAACGAAUCUGAUGAGCAGAAAGAAGACAAGGAGUCAGAGGCGCAAGACGAUGAGCCAGAGACGCCCGCUGAGAAUUCAACGAAAUCUAAUGAAUCUGUUGUCGCUGCUAAAUAAUAAAAUUUACUAAUAAUUUUGUUAAA